CGGCAGGCCAUGCGACUAGAAAGGACAAUUGGCUGUCCAUCGGUUUGGCCAAUAUUGACCUUUGCGGGGCGUCGGAUCUCGGUGGCUCCAAGACACCGGGUAUCGGGUUGGGAAGCAAAUCGCUAGCUGGCGUCCCUGUCCCAGUCUGUCACGCCUUCGUGUGGAGGAAUGGUGGAAAAUGUGACGGAUCUGUUGUCUUCUAUCUUUAGAGGUCAAACCGAGGAUGUAUUCCUCCUACCGCACGACGACACUGUUAGUCAGCUGACCACUAGGUUCAAUCCCGUCCACACUGGGGGAAGAAUCGGCUACAGUACACCAUUCAAUUCCUUUCGUUUCAGACUACCCGAACAUCUGUCUAGGUGGAUUUCUGAUUGAAAGUGCUGGCUGGACCUAUUUGGAGCGCUUCAUAUCUCGACAUUUCUAAGCCCGCCAUGACUGCUUCCCAGUUCACGAGACGCUCAACCGAUAUUUGUGCUGAAUGCCGAGCAAGAAAAAUACGCUGUGACGGCCAGCAAGAUGGAUGUGGCAACUGUGCACGUCUGGAGAGCUCCUGCUCGUUCCAACGCAAUGAAGAUGUGGACGUGCAGCCCCUCCUGCAACGACAACGGGUGCGGUUGGCGUGCGUGGCUUGCCGUUCUCUCAAAGCUCGAUGUGGUGGCCAGCUGCCAGGGUGUCGCAGGUGCCACUUGAAGGGGAUCGAGUGCGUUUACAAGCCCUCGAAGCGGGCGUCGACGAAUGCCAGCAAGUCUACCACAUCGAUUCAUGAGUUGCCAGCGACGAUGACAGCAUUGCCAGAGGGCACAGUCUCUGCUCUCGGCGGCCACACUUCACCUGUGGCCGACGCACCACGUUCUCACACUCUGUCUCCUGAAGUGGAGAUUCAUCAUCCAUCCGGGGCCAGCGACACUGCAAGCACUCGCUUACAUGUCCCCGUGUCAGAUUGUGAUCUUCAUGGCUCGGCCGUGAUGAAUGAAGAAAUUGUAAUGCAAGCGUUCGACAACUUCUUCCGCCAUCUCCGACCAAUACCAGCAUUCUCAUUCUUGCAUAAAGCGUCUCUGCUUCAACGGUACCAGGCUGGCUUGGUCGACCGCAGCAUGAUACUCGCUGUCAUUGGCAUUGUUACUGCCAUGACCGACUUUCCUGCGGUUUCUAAAGAAUGUGGCGCCCGAUGUAUCCAGGAAGCCGAAAGGCUGGUAAUCAGCGACUUUGGCAGCCCUUCCGUCCUCAAAACCCAAGUUUUGGUAUUGAUCAUCAAAUACUAUGCCUGGCAACGAGAGCAUUCCAAAUCAUUCAUGCUUCUCGCCACGGCAUCUCGAUUCGCAUAUGCGAUGAAGCUCAAUUACGAAGCUCCAGAUCUCAGUUUCGUCGCCCAAGAGUCAAGAAGAAGACUCAUGUGGUCAAUCUACGUCCUAGACACCAUCUUCGGGUCCGGCGUUCGCGAGCUCACGUUAUGCCCCGACGAGACACUCCUAAUACAGCUGCCAUGUCACGAGCGGAAUUUUGACUUUGACCUGCCCCAGGUGACAGAGCCUCUCAAACUAAUGUCCCAUCAGCCAUUAUCGGAUAAUGUUGGAUUCGUGGGUCUCUAUGUGCGAAUCAUGAAUCUUCGCAGCAAAAUACUCCGUGCCACCAAGAAUGCUGUGGUCUCGCAGAAUCACGAGCAAGUCCCAGCAUUGGUGGAAGGUCUGAAAUCCGAGCUUGACACUUUCAUGGCGCGAGUGCCAGCUUCACUUCACUUUUCCAGCAAGAGUCUUCAUCUGCACGCGCACUCCAGCGACCUAUGCCCUUUCCUGCUGGUUCAUCUAUGGUGGCGUCAGUGUUACUGUGAUCUGUACAGAGUGACACUGAGGGGCCUUCGAGAAGCGCUUCCUUGUGCCGCCCUGGAUCAACUGGGUCCCGAGUUCGUGAUAUAUUGCCAGUUUCAGUGCUUCGAAGCUGCAAAGGCCCUGUCCGCUGUGUUUCGAAGCUCGUUGGCCUUGAAAGUGACGUUGCCCGUGAUGGGUUCCGAGAUCUAUGCUUGUGCGUAUCAGUGUGUAAGGUUGCUCUUUUAUGCCUACCGUCACUAUGGGGCUUCACUGUCUCUGUCGGUGGAGUCUGUGACAGACCACGCGAUGCAAUGCCUACUGUUAUUGAGGAGACUGCCAGCGAUUUCACCAGCAGCUGUACAAAUACAAGAAGACGUCCAAAAGCUCAUCAGUCGAGGGGCCUCGACAGGUUCAUCUCCAAGCCGGCCCAGCACCCCUGAACGUACUCGUGGUUAUCCGAACUCGAGCCUGGGAAAACCUGUCCCUACAGCGGCUCAUAUCCUCUCUCGACAUAGUAUUGUUCGACAGCUGGACAUUAUUGAUGAUAGCGCAGCCCUGGGGAUGCCGAGGUUUUCUGACGGCGACGAAACAUCGUCCCAAUACGCCAAGGGCUAUGAAGACACAGCGAGUAGACCUGAGCCAGCUUCUGCCUCUUCCGGAGUCACAUUUUCUUUGACAGAAGGGACAUCCAACGAUCUUACAAGCUUGGCGACGAGCAACGCUUUUCAGGGUGCCUUUGACGGACUGGAUCUGGAUUUGGAUCCCCAUACUCUUGAUCCUUUUACUUGGAAUUGGAGCCCCUGGGACAGUUCACAGGAGGUAUCAAUUUAACACAACAUGACAACCUCUAGGUGGAGGAGAUGCUCUAGAGAUUCCAGCUCGUUCGGCGGCUUCAAGACAAUGAUACAUUCAUGCGGUAGCGUUCGUCGUCCCCGGCGCUACAGAUUCUCGCCCAUUCGUGUCACACUUACCAACCUUUUUCAACCUCUCUUCAAUCUGCUCUCUUGGGGAUUUCAGGUGCACCUCUGGGAAACGAACAUCUUUGGUCCACGGCAGAACAUCUGUGCUCUCCAUGAGCCACCGAAAGACUUCGCCCUCCAGCAUUUUCGAGACCGGCGUGUACUCGGGGUCCGCCGCCAGAUUGUGCAUUUCUUCCGGAUCUUUCUGGCGGUGGUAGAGCUCCGCAGGCUCGUAGAGACGGUACACGUACGUCCACUCCGGAGUGCGAACACUGACCGCCUUGCCGACCAAUGUGGUAUCCUCGUGUUGCAGCCCGGCUUUGAUAUCAUACGGGUACGGCGCCUGCUCCAAGAGAGGUUCCUCGCUUUCUAGGAAGCCGCCUUCAGAGAAGGCGAAUUUCUUGUGGGUUUUCUGGCCGUUCACCAAGCACGGGAUCAGUGAUUUCCCGUUAUGGGGGAAGUGUUCGCCAAUGCUACAGAGCUCAAAAACAGUAGGAAUCAGAUCGACCAUCUCGGUCAUCGCUUCACAUGUUUGACCCUCUGGCAAACCGCCUCCUGCGAUGAUCAAGGGUUCAUGUGUCAAUGAGUCGGAGAGACCCGAAGGCCACUUCUCAAUCAAGCCAUGAUCCCCGAGAUACUCGCCGUGAUCGGUGAAAAACAACGUCACCGUAUCCUUCCAGAGACUCAAUUCGUCCACUUUCUUCACGAUUCGGCCGAAUUGGUCGUCCAAUCGCUUGAUCAUGCCGUAGUACGUGGCUUUGAUCUCAGCCCAGAUCUCGGGCGUGGCUCGACUAGUGCCGUACUGCUCUCGGAUGGUCUUCAUAUAGCGAGGCUCAUAGCCAGUCUUUUGGCUCGGGAAAGACACGGUUCGAGGCAUCUCAUUGCGAUCGUACAUUGAGAAAUAAGGUUCCUCGACCUGGAAUGGGCAAUGUGGAAACAGUAGUGGCAUGAAAAGCACCCACGGUUUGUCGUCGGGCAGACACUCGAGCCAUCUCAAAGCAGAUUUGACCACAGCGUCGUCAUAGUCGAGGGCUUGCUGAUCGUCUCUGCGGCCUUUAUAGAACAGCCUUCCCCAGAUACUCUCGUCCUUCUCCGCGACAUUUUUAGCGCCUGCAAAUUUGGGCACGAACUCUGGAGUUUCGAGGAACCCAUACUCGCUGACGCUGAGUUCUGUGACGGUCGGAGCGAAAGUGUCCCCCCGGGGUGCCAAACAAGCCACAUGAUAGCCCCGUUCCUUGAGGCUACGAAACAUGUUGGGUUCCCACGGCUUGAUCAGGUUCUCGAGACUACGGUGCCCACUGACGUGAGGGUACGUGCCGGUGAACAUGCUGCACCGAGACUGUGAGCACACCGACGCCUGGACGAAACAAUUGGUGAACAGCGUCCCACGUCGGGCGAACGCGUCAAUGUUCGGAGUCUUGAUCAGACCACUUCCGGUAGUACAACCCAGAGCAUCAUACCGGAGCUGAUCGGGCAUGAAGAUGAUCAGGUUGGGCUGAUGUUUUCCAUUCUUGCUGUCAAUCUUGACUGGUGGUUGUUUGGAUGGUAAGGAGUGAGACGACAUGGUCGCCGCCAAUGUGUUUGAAAGAGUGAUAAAAUACCUCGUUGACGUCGUUGCCAGGCUGAGAAUGAAUUCUUUCUUCUUCCCGAUGAGAAGGGGGCAGGCUUCCGUGUGCUUCUUCUUUUGUCCCUGAAAGGAGGAAACUUUUUACGUGCGAAAAUGGUAGUCAAACUUCAAAAGUCGAAAACAUUUAUUCACGGUUCAAAAAGCCAUUGGAUUUCUUGAAGAGAUUCUUCCCCCCGGCUGCCUCGACGGCUAUCGGACG